UUAAAGAAAUGCAUGUUCUCUUCGGGUGGCGCACAGAACUACCGCUGCUUAUGACGGCGGUAGAUUGUGUCGGCCAUUUUAGGUGGACGGAGGUGAAUACUCAGCGACAAGCUGCCGGAAAUAGGUCUGCACUUUUCUGGGCGUUUCUAUGGUGACAUCAGCAGACCACUGUGUGACACGUCCUGUUUAGCUUCCACAAAUCAUCUUGAAACAAGGAAGACAACGCUACACAAACCAACGCACAGGAGCGCAGAACAGAUCUCAGCUUCCUGUUCCAUCAUGAACGUGUUCGACCGCAACAUCAACUUUGACGCUCUCUUCAAGUUCUCCCAAAUUUCUCAUUCCACCCAGGUGCACUUGAAGAAUGUCUACUCCAGCUUGGCAGUGUGUAUGUUUGUGGCUGCAGCUGGCUCCUAUGUGCAUGUGGUCACGCGCCUCUUCCAGGGAGGAAUGCUGUCUGCUCUGGGCUCCCUGGGAAUGAUGAUCUGGCUUGCCAUGACACCACACAACUCAGAAACGGAGAAGAAGAGGCUGGCUAUCCUCGCUGGAUUCGCCUUCUUGUCUGGUCUUGGUCUUGGCCCCACUCUGGACUUUGUCAUUGCAGUCAAUCCAAGCAUCAUUGUGACUGCAUUCAUGGGAACCUCGGUUAUUUUCAUUUGCUUCACUCUCAGCGCCCUCUAUGCCAAACGCAGGAGCUACCUGUUCCUCGGAGGCACGCUGAUGUCAGGCCUGUCCAUCCUCUUCCUAAUGUCGCUCAUGAACAUGUUCUUUGGAUCUGUGAUGCUCUUCAAGGCUCACAUGUACCUGGGCCUGCUCAUCAUGUGCGGAUUCGUCCUGUUUGACACUCAGCUCAUCAUUGAGAAGGCAGAGAACGGAGACAAGGACUAUGUCUGGCACUGUGUGGACUUGUUCCUUGACUUCAUCACCAUCUUCAGGAAACUGAUGGUCAUCCUUGCCAUGAACGACAAGGACAAGAAGAAGGAGAAGAAGUAGACCAGGAUUGUUGGCUGAAAAAGCAAGUCAAGCCGUCAAAACAAGAAGGCACAGUUUGCAACACACUUGAUACUUCUGUCUUCAUUUCUUCAAUUAACUCCUGUGGUCUUAUUUGAUUUGAAAAAAUAUUUACCUUGUUUUCUUUACUUGUUCACCUUCCAAGGGUUUUGAAUGUACGUCCGUGUAAACUCAUGCUAGUCCUGUGUGGUGGCUGUGAGCCGGGGGAGUAGACCUAAUGCUGCAGUGAACAUGUUUGGCCUGUAGAGGGGAGCGUGGCGCUGUCAAGUGUCCUCUCCCUCAGUGGAGCUUUGCGUGAAGAUUUUCAUCCUUAUUGUUUAGUGCCAUGACUAGGCUCAUUUUUAGUGAGUCACGUAAGCUUCUGACAGUGAGUAUCGUUUUAAGUUGAAUGAUUACAUGCUUUGAUUUGCUUAUUUUUGAGUUUCCUCUUUUCUUCAGCCGAUUGUCACCAGAUUUCCUUCACAAAUAAGAAAUGCUCUGAAUUACUUCAACCAGGACAGAGCACUAUUGAUAAGCUCUUUUACAUCUUUAUUAGGGGCUGAGUUGGCAUAAUCUUAUUUUCAGCUAGUACAAAAAACGACAGGCAAGCUUUUCUUCGCUCCUGUGAAUUCCAGAAAAAUCUGUUAGUUUGCCAAAUCAAGUGGUGUUAACCCUAACAUUUGAGUGUAUACUGUGAAGAAUUUAUUUUCUUGAUGUAAAAUGUAAACUAAUAAUUUGAUACAUUUGCUCAAAUAAAUGUGUUGAAUGCAAAAAUUGUAA